ACGGCAUUCCAUCGAAACUCAACGAUUACUCUCUCUCUCUCUCUCUCUCUCUCUCUCAAAAGACAUAAACAUAAGAUGGCAGGAGCUGGUCUUUUGAUGCUUGGUGCGACUGUACUGCUGCAGCUGGUGUUACCAAGUUUGGCGACGGUUUACACGGUGGGUGACACGGGGGGUUGGGUGAUGGGGACGGACUACACCACUUGGACGAGCGGCAAGACCUUCUUGGUCGGCGACAGCCUCGUGUUCAACUACGGAGGAGGCCACACCGUGGACGAGGUGAGCAAGAGCGACUACGACGCGUGCACCGCCGCGAACGUCAUCAGCACCGACAGCAGCGGUGCCACCACCAUUCCCCUCAAGACCGCCGCGACCCACUACUUCAUCUGCGGGGCAGCCGGCCACUGCAGCAGCGGCAUGAAGCUCGCCGUCAGCGUGAAAGCCGGGUCGUCACCAACCGCCACGCCUCCGACCUCCGGGGGCUCCCCUGCCACCACCACCACCACCCCAUCGCCGCCUUCGACCACCACCGCGACCCCCACCACUCCCACCACCACGGCCACUACCGUCACGACGAAGUCCAGCUCCGAAAAUAUUGUGUCGCCGGUCGUGGCAUUGGUGAUGGCUAGUCUGGUCUGUUUGUAUGAGUUGGCUUUUCUUUCGUGAUUUGCCAGGAUAGGGGCAGUGCACAUGGUCAUCUCAUUAUAGUAUUUGUGGUUCCAUUGCUUUGAAUUUCGAUUUGAUUUUUUGUUGACUUUGCUUUACUGUAAUUGCAAUCAUCAUUUAGUAGUUGGUCGUACGAGAUGAGAACAUAAGGCGUGGGAGUAUUGUAAAUUAUUCCGUUGGUAUCAGAAACAACGUGAGUCUCAUUAAAAGCUUAA